UGCUCUGUGACUUCAGAAGGAAAGUGGGAAGACAACUAGGUGAGAAGAAUAAACCCAGGAGACGUGGUGUGUUGUCAUUAAGAACUCCACAAAGCAGAGACAAGCUGAACUAUGAGCACAGUGGGUGAUGAAAAAGUCCGUCUUUCCCAUGAUCUCUCCGAGGGUGAGAAAGAAGCCAUUGGGCUCAGAAAGGCAAAAGUGAUGAAGUGUUUGGAAAGCCUUGGGAUGCACUGUGACCAGGAUAACAUACCAAAUAUUACCUUGUUGGCAUCAGGUGGAGCUCUGCGGGCCAUGAUAUCCUUACAGGGUACGUUAGUGGAGAUGAAGCAACAGGGUCUACUGGAUGCCAUCCUGUACCUGUAUGGUGUGUCCGGUUCCACCUGGUGCAUGACCUACCUGUACAAGGAUAAGGAGUGGACAGAACACUUACAGGACUUGGAAAAAAAACUGUGUCAAACAUUAGUUGAAUCCUCCUGGGACAAAAAUAAAGCAAUAAGCACAGUUGUGGAAGCAUCAAAGGAAGAACACUACUCCCUGACUGAUUUCUGGGUUUCCUUUAUGAUCUAUAAAAUAUUGCAUAAGUUUGAUGAAAGUGGGUUAUCUGAACAAAAGACUUCCUUAGAAAGUGGAAAAAACCCUUAUCCUAUCUAUGCUGCUGCAGAUAAUAAAAGAUUGAACAAAGGACAUGAAAGCCUCCCAGAGACCUGGCUUGAAUUUACCCCUCAUGAAGUUGGCUAUCCUGCUGUAGGAGCAUUUAUAAACACCGGUCUAUUUGGAAGUGACUUUGAGAAUGGGGAGUUAAAAGUAAAGAAAAAGGAGAAAAACAUCUGCUACUUGGAAGGCUUAUGGGGAAGUGCACUUGGAAAUAUAGAGGAAAUUAAAAAACUAUUACGAGAUAGUCUGACUGAAUUCUUUAAAGGAUCAGGGGAGAAAGAAAAAGAUCAUGUUUCACCAAAUCCUGAGAGUCCAAAUGUACACUUUACAGCAUUUGAGGAGAAAGAAAGAAGCGCCAUUUCACUGAUUUUUGCUCCAGUUUUGGAUGCCCAUAGGGUGACAACAAAAACAGCAGCGUGUCUACUCAGCUGGACAUGGGGAACCACCAGCAACUUCCUUUACAAAUGCCCUAAUAUUAAGUCCACUGACAUGGUCAAAGACAGAGUCACCUCCUUUAUUGAUGCCGGCCUUGCCAUAAACUCUGCCUAUCCUCUGGCUCUUCGGCCAGAGAGGAAAGUAAAAUUGAUCCUCUCCUUUGAUUUCAGCUCUGGAGAUCCUUUUGAGACCAUCAAGAAAACAGUUAAAUAUUGCCAGGCAAACAAGAUCCCCUUUCCCAAAGUUGAUGAAGAAAAACUGAAGGAUACUGAUAACCCAUCUGACUGCUACAUCUUCACAGGUGUUAAUGUGCCUACUGUUAUGCACUUCCCACUCUUCAACAACAUCAACUGUCCUGGUAAAAUUGCUGACUACAGAAAGAAAUAUUCUACCUUUACUUCAUCCUACCCAAAGGAAGACAUCCAAGAGCUCCUCAAAGUAGCAAAAAUGAAUGUGACUAACAAUGCACAGAAGAUUUUGGAGGAAAUCAAGCAGCUUGUGGCUUCAUCUACCAACCCGUAACAAAAACACCUGUGUUUAAUGUAGGGCAGCAAAUCUUCCCACAUCCAUGAAUAGCUCAUUUGCUACUAUACUGUAUAUUCAAGACUUAAUGGCCUA